AUGGUAAGUCUUUGGCUUUUGUGCAUAUUCUCGCUCUGGAGACUUUGGAGGAGCAGUGACGUGUCUGGCGAUGGCCCUGAUGGCCCUGAUGGCCCUGGACUGGCUCCUCACUCACUGCGAAGCUAUGCAUGGGCAGUGAGCAAAGGGGAGCGGAUGUUGCACAGCAACGAUCAGACUGAGGAUGAGGAUGAGGAUGAAGAAGAUCCAGAAGAUCCAGAGAACCCGGCUCCACAAAUUGACCCAGCACAGCGCAAACAGGACUUAAGCGAUGCGAAGGGACCAACACUGAAGGCACAACAAGCAGAGUGUAACUUGUUCACUCUUUGGGAGUAUCCCAACGGCGCUCCUGAAUACGUACGAGUGAACAUCGAGUCCUGGCGGCGGCACGCACACGGAAGAUGUGCAGAGCCCAUUUUUCUCAAUGAGAAGAACAUCAGGCAAUAUAUACCAGAUCUUCCGGAGGAAUACUUCAAGAUUCCAUACCAAGCCGCGAGAUCCGAUGUUGUCCGCUAUGCAGUGAUCUAUCACAAUGGUGGCAUCUACAUGGACACAGACUUCUUGGUACUAGAGGACUUGGAUCCUGUGAUUGAUGUGCUGAACUUGGACUUGGUGUCGUACGCGGGAUAUGCAAAACGAGGAAAUGAAUGCCCACCCGAAUUCAGCUCAAAUUUCUUGGGUGGACGAAAAGGCAGCACCUUUCACAAGCGGGUCUACGAAGCUCAAAUCAGGAAGAUGCAAAACUAUUGCCCUGCCUCUCAAAAGGGGAAGACCGUCAAAGGCAAAGAACAGUUUUGCUGUUUUGCAGAACCAGAUGUGAAGUGUGAUGUUCCUUGGGCUUCAAUAGGCGAAGGAGUAUCUCACAAUGAGCUGAUGAGGAUGGAGAAAGAUGGCGAAGAAUUCACUUCUCAUUGCUUUGCUGGGGACGAAUCCUUUGUGCCAGCAGACAUGGAAGGUGUUUUGUUGCAUGCACCGCUUUAUGCUGAUGCCAUUGAGAGAUUCAAUCACGCCAACGUCAGAAAUCCCUUGGGACGAAUAGCAUACCAUUUGUUCAAUUCGAUGACUUCUUUGCAGACAUGGUCAUGCAAGAAACUCUCAAGCAACGAGACCUUGGUUGGAAGCCUCUACCUCAGGAGCUUCACACGUGGUGCUGGUUCUCAGCUGGUAACAGGGGAGUAUGCUGAUGCAUUCUUGGCGCGAUAUCCGGAGUUCAAGGAGCAGAACAGGUUGGAUGCCAUUGUGCCUUGUGUCAAGAAAAACCCUUUCGCAAAGCUGGCUUCGCUGGAAGCGCCUUCUGGUAAAAGCAACGGCAAAUGCAACAUUUUUUCAAUUUCAUCCGCAGAACCUGACGACACUCCCAAUGCAGUUGACUUGAAUGUUCAAUCCUGGCGAAAGCACACGGAAGGACUUUGCAAUGAGCCGAUCCUGGUCAACGACAGCAAUGUCAGAAGCCUCAUUCCAAAUUUGCCCGAAGAGUAUUUUCGACUUCCAGGUCCUCAGGAGAAGUUGGACCUUAUCCGACCUGGUUUGUUGUAUCAUCACGGAGGCAUGGUCCUUCAGUGGGAUGUGGUGUUCCUUCGAGAUAUGAGCACCGUGGUGGAAAAGCUGUCAAAAUAUGACUUAGUGUCGUCGACUGAGCGAAAACAAGGAAACGGAGAUGCUUGUGGAGAUGCUUGGCAAAUCCUCUUUACUGGAGGCAGGUUGGGGAGCCGAUUUCACGGGGCUGCAUGGCAAGCGGCACGGGAUGCCGUGACAAGUCACUGUUCACUAGCAGACAAGGAUAAAGAGAAACUUUGCUGCUUUGAUGCCCGAAAUCAACAGUGUCAUGUACCUGGUGGUGCCUUGAGUGCGCUUACCAUCCGCGUCAAGAAGGACUACGAAGGCGAUGAUCAGGUGAUGACGUCCUAUUGCUACUCAGAAGCUCAGUCCUUUCGCCCUGCGAUCUUCCAACAAAUCCUGGAUCAUGUCCCAUCGAUGGCAGAAGGAGGCCAGCGCUUCAAAAGUGAACAUGGAGGGAAGAGUUUUUUGGAUUGUCUUGCUCUUUUCAUUCCCGUGUCUAUGGCUGAAGACUUCAGCUGUCGCGAAAUCUUCAACCGCACAAAGGUGAUCGGCGCUGUGUAUGCAACAAGCUUUGAGAUUUCUGUCUCAAAGGAUGAACUCCCAUGCAAGCGACGGACUAUGAUUAGGGACUUGGUGAGAUCGUUAUCUCCUCCAAAAGCUUCGAGCAAAUGCCAUGUGUUUUCCUUGGACACUGACGACAAAGUCGCUGCAAAGUUGAAUUUGGCGUCCUGGCAGCUGCACAUGCCAAUCGGCUGUUCUACUAUCCUCAUCAGAGAUGAGAACGUGAAGAAGUGGGUGCCCGACGUGCCGCGGGAAUAUUUCAAGCUCCCAGGACCAGAAGAGAAGUUGGAUUUUCUGAGGCACGGUCUCCUAUUCCACAACGGCGGGAUUGUCAUGAAGAGAGAAAUGGUUAUUGCUUCAAGUUUGGAGAGCUUGCUGCAGAUAGCAAAUUCUGUGGAUAUCAUCUCGUCUGCGGAAGAAGGAUUUGGAGAUUCAAUCAAGUGUGGUGGCUCGUUUCAAGCCAAUCAAAUCAUUGGAGGAAGACAGGGCAGCCCCUACCAUGGAGUGGCUUGGCAUUUGGCAAAACAAGCCAUCCAAAAGCAUUGCCCGCUGGACGACCGAAACAAGGAGAUCAUCUGCUGCUUCGAUGAAGACGUGUCCUGCCACAUACCAGGAGGGAGCCUCGGUGAAGGCAUGUCGAUCAAGGUGAAGCGUUGGUUCGAGGCUGCCGACUUUGCCCUGAAGUCGCAUUGCCUUUGGGGACAGCAAUCAUUUCGACCAGCCUGGUUUCAAUUUGUCCUCGACCACAAGCCAAAGCUCAAGGAUGCAAAAGAGUACUUCAAGCAAGAGCGGCAGAUGGAUUUGUUGAACAGGACUGGUUUUUUCCUGCCAUUUUCAGAUGUUGGGCAGCGGAAAUGCGAAGACUUCUUCGAAGAUCAAACUGUAGUGGGUGCAGUGUACAUGAAGAGCUUUCGUCGGGAAUCAGAGAAAGAUUGCCCUUUGGACAGCUGA